ACACCAAGAAAAAUCGGUCAGCGCCAAAACUUGCCCAAACAAAUUGAAUCCCUUAUCCACAAAAACACAACCAAAAAUGCAACCAAGCUAACACUGCAAAACCAUGACCACCAUUUUGAAUCCUACCAUCACAUUACUCCAAACCAAGAUUAAAAAAUCACCACCUUACACCCACCAACACCCCCAUAAAACGUCGGCGAUUCGAUCAUCGCUCUUCGAUGAAGUCGAAAACCUAACGAACCGGCGAAAGAUAUUGGUUACAACAUUGCUAGGAGGGUUAGGCCUAAAUGUUGCAUGUUCACCAUUGAAAGCACAAGCAGAAGAAUUUAAAUGGGGCACACGUUCUUUUAUUUGGGAGCGGUUUUUUGAGCCCGGUUUAUCACCGGAGGAUGCGGUGUCUAGGAUAAAGAACACGGCUGAGGGGCUUCAUAGCCUAAGGCACAUGUUGGAGACUAUGUCAUGGAGGUAUGUCAUAUUUUACAUUAGACUAAAACAAGCUUAUUUGAAGCAGGAUAUGAAGAGUGCUAUGAUUAUGGUUCCUGAAGGCAGAAGGGAUGAUUAUUCUAAUGCUGCUAAUGAGUUGGUAGAUAACAUGGCUGAGUUUGAUUACUAUGUCCGAACACCAAAAGUAUACGAAUCAUACGUAUCCUAUGAGAAGACAUUGAAAUCAAUCGACAAUCUCUUGGGAUUCUUAGCAUAAUAAAAACAGGGGACUCUGUUUAAGCUCUGCCAUUAUAUCGAUCUGCAGCACAAGUUCAGUAAAUAUAAUUCUUGUUGUAAUAUUGAACAUUACUCAGCCCGACUUUUUUCGCUGAUUAAUGUUCUAUUUUAGCUUGAUAUUCAAGAAGAUGAUUAAAAAUUCACUUGAUUAAUGAUCAUGUUCAAAUAUGAA